AUGAAUCGUAAUGGUAAUGCAAAAAACGCAUCGCUUGUUUCUCGUCUAGAAGAUUCAAUUAUCCGAUUUUUCUACGGCCCUAAGGCCGCCAAAGCGGCUCUUCUAACCUAUAAGCUCGGCUUACAGUCUCCAUUAUGGCUAUGGACGCAUCAUACCUCCGAAGGUGAUAAUAGGAAUGCCAUGUGCAACCGAAAAGAGAUGCAAAAAUUGUGCAACCUUAUCGAGUGGUUUCUUCACAACAAUGUCGACGUGACGAAAGUCGCGGUAAUCGUGCCGUUGGAGCUCAAGGCGGUGGUCAAGCGGGAGCUUCUUACCGCGGCGAAAGGUCGCUCUGAAGGGGAGGUUCCACUGCCAGUCGUGUUAGCGCACCACGAGCUGGGGGCCAUCAACCGCCGGGAUCACAUCACCUACAAAUACCAGGCGGUUCUCUACGUUUUAGGCCUUCCGCCGAGUCUUGAUCUCCUUCCAAGGGCCAUAAGCCAAGAGAAUUUCAUCGGCGAUGCCCUUGAGGCCGCCGAGAAUGGCUUUGUCCUUUUCAUGGACGCCGGGUGGAAGGCCUCCGUGUUCAAAACAAAAUGGCCCCAGUGGAAGAACGUCUUGGAGAAGCUGCAAGACGAGCAACCCCUCAUUUCCAUGUCCGAAACUCUCCCCCUGCGGGAGGACCCGAAGGCGCGAAGGCGCCUACCGACGCUGGUGGGCCCGAGCCUCCCGCUGUGCUGCGCGCAGCACCCCAACCAGCGGCAGAUCGAGUACGGCCUCAUCCCCAUCGUCCCCGCCUGCCGGCGGUUUUGUUUUCACCAGUACAACUGCGGUAAACCCGGCCACGUCUGCCGGGAGGCAUGCCACCCGGCGAUGCGCCACGACGCCUGCCCCUUCGCCUGCUUGUCCACCAUGGCGUGCGAGCAUGGCUGCCUGCGAAGCUGCGCGGAGCCUUGUGCGUGCUUUCAGAUCAUCGAGCGCCCUCUAACCUGCUCCCAUUCGAUCGUCCUGGGGCUGGAAAAGGAAAGCCUGGAGCCGAUUUACGGGGUCGUGCACCACGUCUUCAAGGGCAUCUGCGGCGAUUCCGAGUUGCCCUGUGAGGUGGAGUAUACCACGGAAUGCAGCCGGUGCCUGGGCCCUAUGCCAGUGAGGUGUUUUGAGGCCCAGCAGCAUCGACACACCCCUGACCAUCGCACGAUGGUCUGCGGGCUAUGCCGGCGCCUGGAGCGCGAGCUUCGGGCGCAACUUCUCGGUACGGUGCUCCUCGAUACCGAGGCGGAAAAGGGGCGGGUGAAAAUGGAAAUGCAGCGCUCCUUAUACCAGCAGCGGAAGGCUGCGGCCCAGGGCUUGUUCUGGGCCGGCGCGAAGGUCGAGAUCAUAGACCCCACCAAGUGCAUGCCGCCACUUUUUGCCGAGGAGGACUUUCCCGGUAUUGAGUUCGUGGACAUGAAUGAUCCGAACUUUUACGAAAAAAUGGGAGGGGCCUAUGGCACCUUUGUCAGCAACCACGUCGACGUCAUGGAUCGAGGGGAGCUGCGCAACCUUGUUCGGCUCCCCGACGGCCUACACGUCCUCGUGACCGACGGUGGGCUCCGCAUGAUUCGAGCACUGGCGGACUCGGUGAAGACUUCUAAAACGCUGCUGCUGACGAACAAUGGAGCCUCUUCCAGUAUCCCGGACACCGCGGCGGUAGACGCCGGGGGAUCCGUCGACUUCGCGGCUGCCAAAACCAUGAUUGGCGAGCUGUACUACCUCUCGCAGCCGGUGCCAUGCCCUGCAUGGGAGCCAUCCGGCAUCCUGAGCGAUAAGGUCGUGCGGGUAGUCGGCAUCGAUCCGUCUUCGUCUGCGCAUGUAAUGGCCGAGUGCUCUAUCAUCAAACUUUUGCCAGGCAACACCAUUUCACCGAGUCGUAUCGGGGAAGCGGCAUCCACCAAUCCCAUUCCAUCCCAUGAUACCGAAAGCGAACCACCGCUGAAGCGCACCCGGAUUGGUUCCGAAGGCGCCACCUCCCCUUCUCAUUCCUGCCAGAUCCAUUGCGAUUACCCAUUUACAAGUUCGAACUACCGGCAUGAGGCGAUUGUUUUAGAAGUCCGUGUACCCCUAUCCAGUCUAGACUCCCUAAAGGGCUAUCAGAGUGGUCGCUAUGUCUUUGUCGUCAACCCCGAAAGACAAAUCACCAACCCGCAUGAGGUGGAGAUGAUGGAAGCCGCCAUCCAGCGCAGCAAAUUUUUGGGAAUGGCGAACGCGGCCGUGUGUGGGGCUCGGGUCCAAACCGACACGCCCUACAAGCUUCUCGGGAUAGUGAACCCGCCGCUAAACCUGGCGGAGUUGAAUAUCGGCCCCUGCGCGCUUUUGCAGCCUCGAAGUGAUUCGCUGAUUGCCGCCCCUCCUUCCGCGGUUCAGCGCCGAAUGGGCUCGGGUCACGCAAACCGGGGAGGCGCCGUGAUGCCGCAUCCGCAGCAGCUGCCGCCGCCCCGUGCAGGCGACCUGCCUUUAGUUCUCAUUCCCUUCAUGUUCACCCUACCGGACGAGCUCACCGAGGCCGAGAACGCGUUGGAUGCGGCGGCCAUGAAGCGCUUCGAGCAGCGCCUGGAGGAGGCCUUGGCGUUGAAGUGCGAGGAGCUCUCCUUACGCCACGACGAGGAGGCCUUCCACGCCCAACAACAGAUGCCCGAGGUGAGCGCGCAGGUGUUGGCCGCCUACCGGCAGACGUUUAGCAUCCCUGCCCCGCUCCCGACGCCGGAGCAGGUGGCCGAGGCGAAGCGGCGAUAUACCAAACUACCAAGGGCUUCUCUUGCCAGUACGCGCAUUAUUCAGGCUAAAGAUAUCCUUGCGAGCAAACAGGAGGAAGAGCAGACAUCGCAAUGGGUGGAAGGUAUGUCGGAUCUCUUUGAAAAGGACUUCGCAGCCGACAGCUUGUAUAUUCGUAGGAUACAAAUGAACCUAAAGCUUUACUAACAAAACCGAUAGGUGAAAGGAACGUGCAGGAUUAAGAUUAUCGGAACUUUAUUCAUCUUCAUUUCACAUCCCCUCCCCUCCCCACUUCCUCCAUAGAUAGCUUUGCCACUCAUUUAUUACCUCUAAACAACAACAAAAAAAUUACCAUCGUCAUUCCGAUGUGGAGAUUUUUGUCUCUGCUUUUUCCCUUUAGAGCGGAUUAAUUUUCCUUCCUUCCUUUUGUUGAAAGGGAGGAAGCAUCGGUACUGGAUAACAUACGCUUCAGGGUUACUUACCUACUUCGAGGCAGAUUUAUCUGAUCACUUCAUUUUUUUUCGUUUAUUUUUGUACUGUUUUUUUUUCCUCUGUGUAAACAA